AGCUGUCUUUUCUUCUGCAUCUUCUGCUCCAUUGUCCGAACCAGUGUUCCGGAGAAUUCGAUCGAGAUCGAGGGAGCGAGGAGAACUAGUAGAGAGAGUUGUAUUUCUUCUUUCUCCUUCUUCUUCUUCUUCUUCUUCUUCUUCUUCUUCUUCUUCUCUUUGCUGUAGAUUACUUGCAAUGAGUAAUGAUGAUCCUCUCCCCACGCGGUGGAGCUUUCAGGAUUUUAAACUGUUCUAUGAUGCCAAGUUUGGGAGAAGGAAGACACCCGAGCCACAAAACGGUCAAGCCCCUGUUGGAGCAGAAUCUAAUGGGAAUGCGUCAAAUGGCAAUGGGCAUGUGAGGAACCAGUCUGAUAUGGCCAUUUAUGAGCAGUAUCGUAAACAGGAUAGGAACUCAAGCACAACUCAACUGAAUGGAGUUUUAUCUAAUGGAAUAGAUGAAAAACCCCAGAAGUCACUGUUCCCUCCUUUUGAAUCUGCAGAAAUGCGUGCUUUAGCUGAGAGCUUGAGUAGGGAUAUCAUUCGAGGGAGUCCAGAUGUUAAGUGGGAAAGCAUCAAAGGUUUAGAGAACGCUAAACGUUUGCUUAAAGAAGCUGUUGUGAUGCCUAUAAAGUAUCCCAAGUACUUUACUGGUCUGCUAUCACCAUGGAAAGGAAUUCUCCUUUUUGGUCCUCCUGGGACAGGAAAGACAAUGCUUGCAAAGGCCGUUGCAACCGAAUGCAAAACUACAUUUUUCAAUAUUUCAGCCUCAUCAGUCGUUAGCAAAUGGCGGGGUGAUUCAGAAAAGCUAAUAAAAGUGCUAUUUGAGCUUGCUAGGCACCAUGCUCCUUCAACAAUAUUUCUGGAUGAAAUUGAUGCUAUUAUAAGUCAGCGUGGUGAAGGGCGCAGUGAACAUGAGGCGAGCAGACGAUUGAAAACUGAGCUACUCAUACAGAUGGAUGGUUUGACGAAGACAGAGGAGCUUGUAUUUGUUUUAGCGGCAACAAAUCUCCCUUGGGAACUGGAUGCAGCAAUGCUCCGGCGUCUUGAGAAGCGAAUCCUUGUUCGUCUUCCAGAACCAGAAGCAAGAAAAGCCAUGUUUGAGGAACUCCUGCCUUCGCAGCCAGAUGAAGAUGUUUUGCCUUAUGAUGUUUUAGUGGAAAGAACAGAAGGCUAUUCAGGUUCAGAUAUUCGGUUACUCUGCAAAGAGGCUGCAAUGCAGCCUCUGAGACGCAUAAUGACUAUCCUUGAAGCCAGGCAGGAAAUUGUGCCAGAAGAUGAGUUACCGAAGGUUGGGCCAAUUAGACCUGAAGAUAUAGAAACAGCUUUGAGAAACACAAGACCGUCGGCUCAUCUCCAUGCUCAUCGAUAUGAGAAGUUUAAUUCUGAUUAUGGUAGUCAAAUUCUGCAAUAAUCCCAGGAGGAUUACAAGAGGAGGAACAACAUUCUAUUUCCUUCAGACAAUUGGCAGGUCUGUAGUUUGAAGGCUGUUUCUGUUUCAAAUCAUUCUUCUCACAAGAAAUUCAUUUUGGAUUAUGCGAGAUUAUGUGUCGAUAGACAGUACGAUAAGCGGAAAUCACUCGCAAAUCUUGCCUUGUCCGUUGAAAUACAUCAAAUCAUGGCAUAUGUUUAUCAUAUAAUUAUCUUUUGCUCUGUUUACUAUUGAAUUUCCUUUUAGAAUUAAAAUUUAAAAGAUAGAAAGAAUAAAAGGCUGUGUUUAGAGCGAAUUUAGAAUUAUAGUUUUUAUUUACUCGACCAACAGGUUUUCUCUCCUUUAGGUAUGCAGACACCAUUAAAAGAUUUUUUCGGAAACUAUCAAUGAUUUUUUCAUCUUGGGUGUAGGGACGUUACUAAAAGAUUUUCUCAUCUUUAGGCACACAAAAAGUAUCAAUGAUUUUCUUGCCUCUCUGGGCGUAGGGACACUAUCAAAUGAUUGUAAUGAAUACUGUUAAUGAUUUUCGUA